AUGGAGCCACCUGUGCAGUAUAAAAUUGGACUAUACAAACAUGGUGAUCUGAUGCAGCAAGUAACCGUAAAUGCGCCAUCGACCGUCUUUUACUUUGACAUACCCAGUGUGAACAAUGAGGAAUAUUAUGUUCGCUUUGAAUCACUGUACGAUGAAAAGUACGAUACAGCAGAGGUGUUUUUUACUGCUAAUGAGACUUUCAAGGCCAUUUCGUUAAAUGUACGUCCACAGCGCAAAUCAGAAGUGGAGAUAUCCAGUGGUAAUUACUUCGCAUUUCCGUUCUUCUUCCUUAUCGCCUACUUGUUUUUCAAUCAUCAAAAGGUGUUUGCUUUUAUGGAAACGGCAUUUGCAAGGCUCUCGAAUAUUUCACUUUCCCAACACAGUGCACCAGCAAGCGAUGAUUAUGCUGAUUCUGCGAGGAAACGGCAGAAACAGAAGAAGACGCAAUAA